AUGGCUGGUCCCACCAAGGUCAAGGAAGUACAGUCCUUCCUUGGGUUUGCAAAUUUCUUACAUGGGUUUGUCACAAACUUCAGUCAUAUAGCCCAGCCCCUGCAUAACCUAAGAAGGACAUGCCAUGGAAUGGAAGAAAGGGAACAGGAGGCUUUUCAAGGUUUAAAGGAUGCCAUCACCAUGCCCCAGUACUUUGUCAUGCCAAUCCCUCCAAACAAUAUUUCCUGGAAACCAAUGUGUCAGGUGCAGCCCUUGGCUCAAUACUUAGCCAACAACAGGAGGAUGGCUGUCUCCACCCCCUGGGGUUUUUGUCAGAAUCAUUUAAGGGUGCCAAACAAAAAUUACAACACCCAUGAUAAAGAACUCUUGACCAUCAUCCAAUCAUUUGAACACUGGCACAUAUUCCUGGAAGGAACCUUAUAUCCAAUCAUGGUAUUCACAGACCAUAGAAACCUGGAGUAUUGA